UUGAUUGUUGACACCUGAGACCGCACCUGAUAUUUAAUGAAUACAAAGCGUGUUGUGAGGUGAACGUCUCAGCUCGCCAACAUUUAACUGAAAUGGACAGAUGGCGCAGAAAACCCAACAUUAUUUACAGAAGGUGGCGAAAUCCCGAACGGAGGAGUGAGGUGAAUUUUGUGGGUCACAACGAUGAAGAUUACACAGAAAAUGAGAUCUGCACCGUAACCUCAGCAAGAGUCAACUCAGAGGGAGUAAAGUCUGCAUCCACAACUGGAUUUCAUGAAACUGAAGAAACCUUCACAGUAGACGAUGCGCUUGAGGCCUUCGGCUUUGGAAAGUUCCAGUGGAAAAUGUCUGUGCUCACCGGACUGUCAUGGAUAGGAGACGCCAUGGAGAUGAUGAUCCUCAGCAUCUUGGGCCCCCAUCUGCACUGUGAGUGGAGGCUGCCAAGCUAUCAGGUGGCUCUCAUAACAUCGGUGGUGUUUCUAGGAAUGGGGAUCGGUUCACCUGUAGUUGGGAGUGUGUCUGACAUCUACGGCAGAAAAGCAGGUCUGAUGCUUUGUAUGUGCUGGGCUCUGUUCUACGGCCUGUUGAGUGCCUUUGCUCCGGUGUACGGCUGGCUCUUGGUCCUGCGGGGCCUCGUAGGCUGCGGUCUCGGAGGAGCUCCUCAGUCGGUGACACUGUACUCAGAAUUCCUUCCAGAGAAGUCGAGAGGCAUCUGUGUCAUGCUGAUUUCGGCAUUCUGGGCACUUGGCUCCGUGUUCGCGGUCCUCCUGGCAUUGUUGACGAUGCCCACUCUCGGCUGGAGGUGGCUGCUCGGCUUGUCUACCAUACCAAUGGCAAUCUUUCUUUGCUUCUCCUUCUGGCUACCUGAGAGUGCUCGUUUUAAUGUGCUGAGCGGAAAAACGGAGAAGGCCAUGGCAACUUUAGCACGCAUCGCCAAAGAGAAUGGCAAGGCCAUGCCUCAAGGAAAGCUUAUCGCCAAUAAACAGAAUGGCCAUGGACGGAUCAAAGCUCUCUUCUCUCCCUGGUAUUGGAGGACUACUCUUCUUCUGUGGUUUAUAUGGUUUGUAAACACCUUCUCCUACUACGGGAUAGUCCUGUUGACGACUGAGUUGUUCCAAGCUGGACCUUCAUGCGAGACGACGCAAGGGGCCAAGAUUGAACCAAGCUGUAGUCUGGAAUGCAAAUAUUUGACAUCAGCCGACUACAAAGACCUUUUAUGGACAACCUUAGCUGAAUUCCCAGGUAUUUUAGUUAUCCUUCUGGCAAUUGACCGUAUUGGCAGGAAGAAGAGCAUGGCCCUGUGUUUCUUUGUGUUUUCUUUGAGCAUUCUGCCCAUAUACGCCUGUAUUGGGAGGACAGCUGUCACAAUCUGCCUCUUUAUAGGCAGAGCCUUCAUCUCUGGAGGAUUCCAAGUUGCUUUUGUUUACACACCAGAGGUGUUCCCUACAGAAAACAGAGCAUUAGCAAUGGGGAUUUCAAAUAUGAUGAGCAAGGUGGGGGCCCUGAUGACCCCCUUUGUGGUGCAGGUGUUGCUCAGGACAUCAGUGUAUGGCACCCUUUCGUUGUACUGCGGCUUUAGUCUGCUGGGUGGCAUCGCAGCCUUGAUGCUGCCCAUUGAGACGUUGGGCAGGGGUCUGCAGGAGUCCAGUCUUUAUGAGGGGGACGGAGAGCAGACGACCACCACAACCACCAGCGAGUCAAAUGAUACAAAAGCAGGAGAACCAGAGGUCAUUCAGGAAGAGUGAAACCAUUUAAAAGAAAGGAUUCUUUGUCUACUCCAAAGCUGCUGCAGAUGCCACAGUUGUCUGUUUAACUUUGUCCCGUUGUUCUUCACCCAUCAUCGCUCCCAGGAUUCAAACUAAUCUCAUUACAGGCAGGGAGUGAUAAUUGAGGGCAGGCCUACUUCCCAUGUCUAAUGAGAGCGGAAGCACACUUGGACCCGGUUUGUUUACCCUCUCUACAUUUGGGCCAUGAAGAGCAACAGAGAGGUAUAUGGACAAUGGUGAUUCACUGUGCUCUGCUUAGAGCUACACAUUUUUAAGACGUGCCCUAACAUUUUGUAUAAUAAAUGACUUCUUGUAUUUAUUUAUAAGCCUGCCUUUUUGCUAA